UUACAAACGUCAAUUACGUCAUUACCAACUGUCACCUCUCUACCCCUUAGACUUUUCUGUCAGAUUUUUUUCAAAAUUUACUUACAACUUCUUGUUUACUAUUGAUAAUUUAAAGUCACAAUUUUCUAAUCACCUAAUUAACCAUUCCUAAUAAGACGAAAUUUCACAUUAUGCUUAUCUUACCAUUAUCUAUAUUAUGAACGUAGGAUAUUACUCACACGGUAGUCCAGGCAAAGAAUCGGGCGUUGUAAGUGACUGCGACACCAUGGCUGAACUGGCAGCACUUCUUAGGCAAGAAAUCCCAGAGGGGAGAAGCAACUUAACAGAUAACCACACCAACUUGCAACGGGUGGCUGAAUAUUGUGAAGCAAACUAUUUUCAAACCGAAAAUAAACGUGGGGCCUUAGAGGAGACGAAAAAUUACACCACGCAAUCUUUGGCUAGUGUUGCUUAUCAGAUAAACACUUUGGCUUAUAAUUUUUUACAGUUGUUGGAAAUGCAAUCAGCUCAACUGGCAGAAAUGGAGAGUCAAAUGAACCAUAUAUCACAAACUGUUAUGAUUCAUAAGGAAAAGGUUGCUAGAAGGGAAAUAGGAGUUUUAACUGCUAAUAAGAGUACUAGCAGGCAGUUUAAAAUUAUUGCACCAGUGAAUCCUGAGAAACCUAUUAAGUAUUUAAGGAAACCUAUUGAUUACACCAUUUUUGAUGACAUUGGUCAUGGAGUAAGAAGUGGAGGAACCCCGAGGCAAAAACCAAGAGGCUCAAGUUCAGGAAGUAUUCACUCAGUUAAUUCAAUACCAGGAAAUCCACUAGUAGGACCCGCUCCUACCACUAAGCCUCCAACACCGCCACAAGUAUCAAGAACCUCUAGUAAAGUAUCAGUCUCAGGAGGUACAUUGUCCAAAGCUAGCAGGGAGUACAGGACUCCUCCCGCAGUUGCUCCACCACAGGUGCCAAGCCAUUAUGCUCCUAAUUAUCCCAUGGGACAUCCAAGAAGAGAACGUCCACCUGGAUACAGUGCCUUGCCUAUGGCCAAUUCACAACAACCACAGAUUGGCAUGGUACAUCCAAUAACUCAACAAAACCAGCAAAACGUAAUUCAGCCACAAACACCUCCGCCGCCGCCACCUCCCACUUCUGGAAGCACUUAUGGUACCCAUGACUUACAUAAUAUGCCUCCACCUCCAUCUCCUCUAAUAAACUCCCAAGAGAUGGUUUUGAGCUCGAAUCAGCAUCAUCCCAUGAUGAUGGGGGGUCAUCAUGGUCCAGUACCGCAUGGCAGUUUAGGAAUGCAUACUCUUUCUCAUGCGCAGGGUCAUAGGAUGAGUCAGGCACUUCAAGCACAAUUGGCUGCAUCUAGAAACAGUGGUUCCCAGUCACCACCUUUACCUCCUCCCCCACCCCCAGAAGAUGAGCAUGAAGCUUUCGGGAGGCCCAGAACUUCUUCCUCUGGAGUGAUGCCUAUUGUUCCAGAUGAAGAUGAUUUACCUGGUUGGGUGCCGAAGAAUUAUAUUGAAAAAGUUGUGGCCAUCUAUGACUACUACGCGGACAAAGACGACGAACUCAGUUUCCAAGAAAGUUCCGUUAUUUACGUAUUAAAGAAAAACGACGACGGAUGGUGGGAGGGCGUCAUGGACGCCAUUACCGGCUUGUUUCCCGGAAAUUAUGUGGAACCUUGUGUUUAAUACGACAUAUAGUUUAAUAAUCUGUACCAGUAGUUUUUUUCGGUUUAAUUUGGCUACGGAGAAAAAUCUGUGUUCUGUUUAAACAAUUUGAAUGUAUUCCUCGAUAACCUUCACGGAAAGGAAGAAGUUGCUGCAAUAUUUCCCCGUAAACAAGACAUGGUUAUUCUAAAAUAUACACUUAUAGAACGUUUUAUAAAUUUAUAGUUAUUAAGAAUUAAAUGUAUUUUUUUUAUUAUGAUUGUUAGGAUAAUUCGUCUGCUCGUCGCAAUAUUCUUUUUAUAUUUUUCAUUGCUAGUAUGUUUCAGGCAAAAAAAAUGUCCAGUGAUGAGGGGUAUUAGCUAGUUUUACUACAAAUAUUUAUGUUUUUUCUUGUAAGCAGCUUAAUUACGUGCACAUCUAUAUGAAUUUAAAAGUACAAAUCCUACUUUCCACUUGUUUUAGCCCUAUUUAUUAUUAUUAUCAAUAUUUAUUUUAGUUAUUUAUAUAUUACAAGCUUACAUUACAUGUUACACUGGUGUACAAGAAAAUUAUUGACCUAUAGCUUAUUAUUAGAUAAAACAAUUAUAGCGUAAGUUUGCUUAAAAUUCAUUAAAGUUUUAUUGAUAUGGA